AGCACAAGCUGGAAUCAAGAUUGCUGGGAGAAAUAUCAGUAACCUCAGAGCCUGGCACACAGGUUUGAAGCAUUAAACACUUCCUGCCUAAGGCCUCCUGCUGUGCUCCUAAUCUCCACCUUAUUCUUUAGGGAGAACAGGCCACUGAGGGCUGUCACUGGUCUCUGUGUACUUCCCACAUCAAGCGAGGCCAAGGACCAGAAGGAAGCAAGGGAAUGCACUACUCUGAGAGUGAAGGCCUAUCUAAAGUUUGCACCCUCGCUUGAUGCCUUGCUUGUCCUGACCCUGAAUAUGCCUUCACUGAAAUAAUCACCUCUAGCCUUGCUCUGAUUUCCCUGACUCACUGGGCCCUCGGGAAAAGCAAAGAUACGAAUCAGAAAGCAGAACUCUUCCCAGAUAUUGUGCCACAGGUAGACACAGGUGCCCAAGUAUUGAUCCCCCAGCUCUCAGAGUAGCCAGGCAAUAGGUAUGGCAGCUGGAGCCCCCAGGCCAGCUGUUUGCUGACCCAGAGCUUGUUCUUCCAUUGUAGGAUGUACAGGGUGAGCAGCUGUCGCAGUUUGCUGCAGACCUUCUCAGUUCUGGCACUGAAAGUCCCACAGCCCAGGAAACUGCUCAGUCGCAGACAGGCCAGGGUGGUUGGUCCCCCUCUGGUGUGCCAUACCAACACCUCCCUGUGCCUUUGUCUCCUCGUGAAAGAGGAUGAUAGUAGUAACUUAUCCCGCAGGGUUGUUGUGAGGAUUCAUGAGUUACUCCCUGGAAGUGCUUGCCGGGCCCAUGGGGAGCACUGCCCGAACAGUUGCCAUUGCUGUUGUCUUCUCUCUGUGCCAGGUCAGGAGACAGGCUGGGAGGCGCUCUUCUGAGGGUUAGUUAUGUAGGUGUUGUGCUAACACCACAGGGCAUCGCUGUGAACACAUUGUGAAUCGCCUGGCGUUCUCAGUCUACUAGAGAAAAAGUCAAUAAACUGCUAGGAAAGAGGUAACAGUAGUCACUACGUCAUGAUUUGUCGGAAGAUAGUAGCUCUGAGAUAGAAUCUUAAAAUGCUGCUUUUGGAAAACUGUACCAACCCCCUUAUUUAUAAAUGAGGAAAUAGGCUCAGAGAGGGGUCGAGACCAGUCCAAAGCCAUGAGUCAAGUUGGUACAGCACCAAAACUAAUACCCAUGUCUUUAGAAUGCAAAAUCAUGUCUUUCGCCUACACCGUAAUGAACAAGGACCAGAGACUAGCUAGGGCCUUGGGGUAUGACCAGACAGAUAUCCGUCUGCAGUUAGGGCCCUAGGAAUGCCCUCAAGCCUGGGUUCAUGUGAUUUGUUUCCUGGACAGGUCUGAUCAUGUCUGAUCAUCACAGUUUUCCUCCUGAUUCUGUACUUUGUGAUCGACAACUUUGCGAUCCAUCGCAGACCGUGGCUGGCCGAGUCUACCUCCAUUUACAUCAAACACUUUGUCAACUACCUCAUCAUCGGCCUCACAGUGCUGGUGGUGGCUGUGCCUGAGGGGGUGCCCCUGGCCGUCACUAUCUCACUAGCCUGUUCUGUAGAGGUGAGGCUGGGGUGAGGCUCUGCUCUUUGAGAAUACAGACCAGAGGGAAGGGCGCCAAGCAGCUCUGCUGAAAAGACGGCCACUUUGUCUUCAUAAACUCUGGGUGAUGCCUUCCGGGGGCACAAGCCGCUGGCACUUUAGAAGGACUACCUGGAUCAGUUGCAUCAACGUUUACCUAACCGAGUAGCAUCUUAAGAGGGUUUACAAAAAUGGUAUCUUGCGUUUUUGUAUGGGAGCAGGAAAUGAAAUGUGGAGAGUUGCUGGCUAGAAAAUGGCCUUUGACCUGUGUUUUGGAGAGCGCAGCUGGCCCUCUGCAGUCUCAUCUAUUCUCUUUUGUAGGAAAUGAUGAAAGACAAUAACCUGGUGUGGCACUUGGACACUUGUAAGACCAUGGGCAAUGCCACAGCCAUCUGCGCGGACAAGAUGGGCACACUGACCAUGAACUGCAUGAGUGUGGUGCAGGCUUACAUUGGAGACACUCAUUAUCAACAGAUCCCAAGCCCUGAUGACCUUGUGCCCAAGGUCCUGGACCUUAUUGUCAAUGGCAUUUCCAUCAACAGUGCCUACACCUCUAAGAUUCUGCCUCCAGAGAAGGAGGGCGGCCUGCCCCGGCAGGUGGGCAACAAGACCGAGUGCGCCCUGCUGGGCUUCGUCUCGGACCUGAAGCAGGAUUACCAUGCCGUGCGCAGCGAGGUGCCCGAGGAGAAGCUCUACAAGGUGUACACCUUCAACUCGGUGCGCAAGUCCAUGAGCACAGUCACUGAGAAGCCGGGCGGCGGCUACCGCAUGCACAGCAAGGGCGCCUCCGAGAUCAUCCUGCGCAAGUGAGCCCCCCAGCUUCUUCCCCCACGGUCCCCCCUCGGGGAGGUCUGGGUGUCGGCCCCAUGCUGAGCCACCCAGAUAAUAGCGGACCCUCCUUCCGGGUGGUAACAUCAUGACAAAAUCUGAGCUUGGCUCUUAGGUACUUUGGAUACUAUACUUACACUUCACAGCUCGAGGCAGAUGCUGUCACUAUCCCUGUUUUACAGAUGAGGAAACAGAGGUGUGGUGAAGUUCAAUAACUUGCUAGAGGCGAUACAACUGAUAGUGGUCCAGGCAGGAUUCAGACCUGGGCAAUCCAUGCUUCCAUUUCCUAUUCUGAAGAGAUGAUACCCACUUAUCUCACAGGGUUACUCUGAUUAAAUGAUUCAGUGUAUGAAAAACGCCUUGCACAUAGUAAGCACUAGAAAUGUUAGUUCUGUGUUCCUUUUCCUUUUCAUUCUCAGUUCUGAUCACAGUGACAGCCCUCAGUGGCCUGUUCUCCCUAAAGAAUAAGGUGGGGAUUAGGAGCACAGCAGGAGGCCUGAGGCAGGAAGUGUUUAAUGCUUCAAACCUGUGUGCCAGGCUCAAUGAUUUGAUUUCGUACUUCAGUUUUUCUUGUUCAUCUAUUGUGUCUUUGCAAGGGGUUUCAUGGUGGUCAAAAUUAGCUGGGUACUGGAGCUGAAUGACCAGGCCAGGCUGACGCUCUGUCAACUCUGUGAUGCUCACAAUGUUCUCUGUUUGUCUGCACUGUCCAAUAGGGAGCCACUGGCCACAUGCGGUGACCAACCACUUGAAACAGGCUGGCGUGACCGAGAUGCUGAAUGCUCAAGUGGAUCGCCGCAGGUUCCUGCUUCUCACUGUGCUCAGCAGAGCAGCAGCGCGGGCCCCACCCAGGGGCUUGUUAGGAACACAGGUCCCACCCAGACUGCUUGAGUCAGAAUCUGCACCAUAACAAGGUCCCAGGUGAACAGCAUAUGGAGAGAUGCAUUGGGCUAGACUCUGUAGUGAACACAGGGGGCUGUCAGGAAGUAAACAGCGGGAGCAGACUGCUUGGAGGGAUACCCACUGAGGGAGCAAUCUUCCUUUCACUGCCUCUUCCAGCUCCGUCCCUCCCCGCACCCUCUCCCCAUCACCUUCUCCAGAGUCAGGCAUGGAGAAGCUGUUUCCUCUCCUGAUGCACAGGAGUAGCUUUAGUGACCUCUGCUCUGCAAAGGCCCUCUUUAAUCAUUGUCUUCCUUUGCCUUCCAGUCCUCAUUUUGAACUCAUUGCUCUGUGCCUGGCCAU